AUGAGCUUUACAAGUCGACAAGUGUUCUUUGUUCUCUCUGUUUUAGCCUUGACAACAAUGCCCUUCUCCGCUGGAGUCACCAAUCCACGAGAUGUUUCUGCGAUUAAUAACUUGUACAUUACUUUGGGAGCACCAUCUCUAUCUCGGUGGCUAGCUUUUGGGGGAGACCCUUGUGGAGAAAAGUGGCAAGGUGUGGUCUGUGAUUCCUCAAACAUCACAGAAAUAAGGAUACGCGGCAUGAAGGUGGGUGGAAGCUUAAGUGACACCCUUGCUGAUUUUUCAUCUAUCCAAGUGAUGGACUUCAGUGACAAUCACAUCUCAGGGACAAUUCCACAGGCUUUGCCUUCGACUAUCCGAAACCUAUCUCUCUCUAGCAACCGCUUCACUGGGAAUAUUCCCUUUACACUGUCCUUUUUAACCGAGUUGUCAGAACUGUCGUUGGGUAACAAUGUUUUAUCAGGAGAUAUUCCAGAUUACUUUCAGCAGUUAAGAAAACUGACAAAACUGGACUUAUCGGCUAACGUACUGGAGGGUCGUUUACCUCCCUCCAUGGGAGACUUAGCUGCUCUUAAGAUACUGUAUUUGCAGGACAACAAGCUCAUUGGAACACUUGAAGUUAUAGAAGAUCUCUUCUUAAACGAUUUGAAUGUAGCAAAUAACUUGUUCUCUGGACCUAUACCUCCAAAUCUAUUAAAAGUUCCAAACUUCAAAAAAGAUGGAACUCCAUUUAAUACAUCAAUUAUAACACCACCUCCACCGGCUGUUGAUCCUCCAGCUACUCACCAUGCUCCUCCUCUUCCCCGUGUCCCUCCUGUUUCCGGAGGAGAUCCAUGGAACUCUGCGUCAGGGCAACCUACUUUGCAAAUAUCACCUCCUUCAGGUUCAGGGUCAGGAAAGUUCUGGUCCACACAGAGAAUCAUUCUAGUCGUUUCUUCAGUGGCAAUCAUUGUUCUCGUAUCCGGCUUGUGUGUUACACUUUGGAGAUGUUGCAGAGGCAAGAAGUAUAACAGAUAUGGAGCUGAUGCUCGUAAAAAUUUACAACGACCAUACUUCAAUAAACCUCCAUCUCAACCAACCCCCACUUUAGGAAAAGUUUCUAGGGAGCCUAUGGUUAAGCCUUACGAUGGAUAUGGAGCUGGAGACAGGAAAUAUGGUUAUCCAAUGCCACCAACACGGCCUGAAGAGAGCAGGAGAGCGAUUCCAACUGCUUCAUUUUAUAACAAGGAUGUUAAUAAUCUACAAAAGCCAUUACAACAACCACCGAGGCGUUUCCAGCCCAACGAUGCUGCUGCUUCAAAGAGCGCUACUCAUUUUCCUCCAGGAUUGAAUUCUUCAUCUUCAGCUACUGUUUUCACCGUUGCUUCACUUCAGCAAUACACAAAUGGCUUCUCAGAAGAGCAUAUCAUCGGUGAAGGGUCGCUUGGUAAUGUUUACAGAGCCGUUUUUCCUCAUGGGAAGUAUCUUGCGGUGAAGAAGCUGAGCAAUACAAUCAACAGGACGCAGAGUGAUGGUGACUUCCUCAACCUAGUCUCCAAUGUUUUGAAACUUAAACGUGGGAAUAUAUUGGAGUUUCUUGGUUACUGUAAUGAGUAUGGUCAAAGGCUACUUGUGUAUGAGUACUGUCCUAAUGGAUCACUACAAGAUGCACUGCAUUUGGAUCGCAAAUUGCACAAGAAGCUCACUUGGAAUGUGCGUAUGAAUAUUGCGUUAGGAGCUUCCAAGGCAUUGCAGUUCCUUCAUGAGGUAUGCCAACCGCCGGUUGUACACCAGAAUUUCAAGUCUUCCAAGGUUCUCCUUGAUGAGAAGCUCUCAGUCCGUGUUGCAGACAGCGGUUUGGCUUAUAUGUUACCACCACGUCCAACUAGUCAGAUGGCGGGUUAUGCGGCUCCUGAGGUUGAGUAUGGAAGCUACACUUGUCAGAGCGAUGUAUAUAGCCUUGGGGUUGUAAUGUUAGAACUGCUCACUGGACGCAGACCAUUUGACAGCACAAGGCCGAGAGGACAUCAGACACUAGCUCAAUGGGCUAUUCCACGGCUUCAUGACAUAGAUGCGUUGACAAGAAUGGUUGAUCCGUCGUUACAUGGAGCAUAUCCAAAGAAAUCAUUGUCACGUUUUGCAGAUAUCAUAUCACGUUCUCUCCAGAUGGAACCAGGGUUCAGACCGCCCGUAUCAGAAAUUGUCCAAGAUCUUCAACAUAUGAUCUAAGAUAUACAGCCUUAGUCUACGGCGCAGAAGGAUCCAUAUUCUUGUUUAUUUGGGCAUCAACACAUCUUUUAAUGAAUGUAACAUAUGAACAAUGUGGUUGCAGCUUUUAAUUACUUGUUUGGUAGGUUAACUGGAGUCGUAUGUAUUUUUAACCGUGUUGGGUUUUGAAAUGGGUGUGAACAUGAAACUAUCAUAAGAUCAAAACACAAUCAUCAUCAUGUAUGAAUAUUCUAUUACAAAAAAGAAAUAUUAAUA